UGUUUUUUGCAGGUGCAAUUAUUGGAAAAUACAGAAUCCAAAAAUCAGUCAUACAUAACUGAGUUCAUACUACUGGGAUUUGGAGAUCAUCAGGAACUACAGAUUCCUCUUUUCACAUUGUUUCUCCUCAUCUACAUUGUGACAAUGGCUGGGAACAUCCUUAUUAUUAGGGAUGUGCUCCUUGUCACUUAUCAACACCUUCACACCCCCAUGUACUUUUUUCUAGGGAAUCUCUCCUGCUUGGAGAUCUGCUGCAGCUCAAAUAUCUUGCCAAGGAUGCUGUUCAGUUUUCUUACAGGCAGGGAGACAAUUUCUGUCAAUGCAUGCUUUGUGCAAGAAUAUGUCUUUGGUUCUUUGGGAUCUGUGGAAUGCUAUCUCUUAUCUGUAAUGUCCUUUGACCGGUACUUAGCUAUAUGCAAGCCACUACAUUAUGUCACCAUGAUGAAUGGCAAGUUGUGCCUUCAGCUGGUAGCCAUCUCUUGGUUUUGUGGUGUUCUAGCAAGUACUCUGACAGUGAUCUUAAUAUCCACAUUAGAGUUCUGUGACGGCAAUAAAAUUGACCAUUACUUUUGUGACACCUCUCCAAUCAUAGAACUAUCUUGUACUGACACUCAUAUAUUAAAACUGUUUCUGUAUGUUGCAAGCUUUAUAGUCACUUUUCCUCCAUUUAUACUGACAUUAACAUCAUACAUUUUCAUCAUUGUAGCCAUAAUGAAAAUUCCUUCCACCACAGGAAAACAAAAGGCAUUUUCUACUUGUUCCUCCCAUCUCUUAGUAGUUACCAUUUUUUAUAGUACACUGAUUAGUAUUUAUGUGAUUCCAAACACUGUUAGACUUAAUGACCUUCAUAAAUUCUUCUCUGUCUUCUAUACCAUCCUGACUCCAAUGCUUAAUCCAAUCAUAUAUAGUCUGAGAAAUAAGGAGGUAAAGGAUGCCUUGAGAAGACUCUCUUCAUUCCUAUUUGUUCAUAUUCAGAAGACAAGUCUGAUAUAG